UAUAUUAACUUUGAUUUACUGUUGACAUAAUUUGACGUUUUGGUAUGCACAGUGGUAUAACACAUUGAAAAUUUGUGUUUGUUGUUUGUAGGGAUAUAGUUACAACAGUCGUGAUGGGAGCAUUUACAAGUAGACAACAUGCAGGCGUUGAAGAAGUUGAUAUUGUAUCGAAUCACGCAUAUAAAUACCCACCUAGAUCAGGUAAUUAUUUUGGCAGUCACUUCAUAAUGGGUGGAGAAAGAUUUGACACUCCUCAGCCAGAAGCUUAUCUGUUUGGAGAAAAUGCGGAUUUGAAUUUCCUUGGCAGCAAACCAACACCUUUUCCAUAUCCACCUCCACAAGCCAAUGAACCAACAAAAACUCUGAAGUGCUUGGUGAACAUCCGCAAAGAAUCUCUUCGAUUUGUACGUUCUCCAGAAAGUAUUGGUAAAUGUGGGGAUGUAGAUAUUGAAGCAGCAAAAUCAUCCCUUUUCAACAUAGAAUUUACUUUUGAUUGUGAUACAAGGUGUGCCAUAACUAUCUACUACUUCUGUACAGAAGAAGUAACACCAAAUGGCAUAGUUUUUCAUCCUCGGAACCCAGGAAUGAAUUCAGAAACAUUUCAUUACAAACGUGGAAGCAACCAAUUGUUCAGCCAAGCAACUCAUGUAUUUGACCCCAGCUGUUAUUCGGAUGAAGAACUUACAUACAACACUGACAAAGAAAUUAUUCCAAUUGCAAUUCAUUGUGUCGCAGAAGAUGGGAGUGAUGAACCGCAUCAAUCACACACGACAAUAGCUGUUGUAGAUCACCAUUCAGAUGGCACAUACGUUUUGAAAGCACUCAAGCAAAAGCUGUAUGUUGAUGGCCUAUGUUACCUAUUGCAAGAAAUAUAUGGAAUUGAAAACAAAAAUAAUGACACUGCAAAGGCAGCUGGAGAUGAAGACACAGAAGAUAAUGGAUCUGAAUGUGUAAUAUGUAUGUGUGAUGUUAGAGACACUUUAAUCUUACCUUGUAGACAUUUAUGUCUUUGUAACUCUUGUGCAGAUUCUCUUCGCUAUCAGGCAAACAAUUGUCCAAUAUGUCGAGCACCUUUUCGUGCACUGUUACAAAUCAGAGCUCUGCAGAAAUCUUGUACUGUGCCACAGCCAGCAGCUAUUCUUCCACCAGAGGGGAGUUGUGAGAACAUACCAGCUGGAUAUGAUGCUGUUUCUUUAAUAGAAGCCUUAAAUGGACCUCCUAUUUUACGAGCUCUCCCAAUAGCACCUGUUAUGGAUCUGGCAGAAACUCCUGACCAGGAAGUAGCUGUUCAAGCAGCAGAGGUUCUUAACAGAUCUAGUCAGGAGCAGAUACAGUGCACAAAACAAAUUCUGGAACACGAAGAAAAGAGUCCUAGAGACCGUACUAGCCGUGAAGGUUCUGUUUCAUGUACAACUCCAGAAUUCCGUAUGUCAGUCUUGCUAGCCAGAGAGGAUGAAAAUCAUAAAGAACAAUCGAAAUCGCCACUUCUUGUCCGGCACAGUGUGCGUCCUCACAGUAGAGAAAAGAACUCUACAAGACCUCGUGACACAGUCAGACUGGUUAAUGAAAAGACAGUGGAUCAAACUGAGGAAAAUGUUGAUGAUGAUAGUGAAGCAGAGAAGCUUUCACCUUUACUUGAAGUGGCAGGUGUUGUGAGUCCACCAACUACUGUUUCAAUAAUUGGAAAUAAUUUGGAUGAUGAAGAUGAAGAAGAAGAAGAAGAUGAGGAGGAAGAAGAGGAAGUCAUUCAUGUUGACAGUCUGCGAACUAAGGAUGAUCUAGCUACAACGAAUGACAUGCCAACAAGUUUUGUAAGUGAUGCUGCUCUGCCCACUGAUAUGGAUGGAUGUGUAGUUGCUGGUACUGGUGGUGGUGGUGGUGGUGGUGGUGAAGAUUCAGACUAUUACACACCAGAAGACCCAGCAACAACAAUACUCAGUCCUUUGCAUUCAGAAAAGGAACGACCACUGACAAACUCUGAUGUAAUAUCAUCUGUAGAGAGCACACCUGGACGUUGGACAGGCAUUGGUAUUUCACUUCCUGGUACGCCUAUCAGUCACCUGAGUCACAGAUCCAGUGGCGACAGCUACAGUUCCAGCAGCUCAACAAGGCAACUUCUGAAUGGUGGUAACCAUUGUAGCAGAGAAAAGCAAGACUCUUAGUUCAUAAGUCUCUGUGUUAAUGAACAUUCCAACUUUUAUGUUGUGUUUUAAUAGUGAGGUCAUCAAGUGUAAGAUAUUUCAUGGAGUUACCCGAGGGAAUAUUUGAGUGGGCACUGCAUUACACGCACAAUUCUCGAGUAACUCUUCAAGAACACACUAACAUUUGCUUCUGGUCAAAUUUUCUGUUACACUUGUAUUUUUUUCCCUCCUUUGUGUUAAUGGGAAUGAACAUCGUGCCCAUAGUUCUCUGUUGAGUAAUUUGUUUCCAUAAAUAACAUAUUUCAGCUGCUUUAGUACUGGUUGAGGCUUCUAAACUAAUUACCACACAUUUAAAGAUUGAGUAGCAAUGAAGUUAAAACAAGGAUAUGUCAGUGAUUCCAUUCAGUGCAAAAGUAAUGGUAUGAGCUAUGAUUAAUAAAAAAAUUCAGAAUAUUGCCAGUCAAAGAUAGUCCAAACUAUUAUCAUAAUGUAAUCUGUAUAAAGUAAGUGAAUAUGGUUUUUCUCUUCUUUUCCCAUGACAGAGACCCAUGUUUUUAUCACGUUUUGGUAUAGUAAACAUUCAUCUCUGCAGUAGUAAAAAUUGUCAAAGAUAAUGUGUAAUAGGAUUGUUAAUAUUUGAACCCUAUAGUUACUGGCAGUAAUUUUCGCAGCCAUCGUGUACAAGAGUUUAACAUGUAAUUGCAAUUGCUCUAGCAUCAGGACUAUUUAUAAAAAUUUACUGAAAUUUUCGGAAUUAUUAACAGUUAAUCUUUAUUGUGUUUAAAACAGACAUGAACACUCAAAACAGACUUUGAAUCUAGUGUCUUUAAUGCUACCUUUGAACCAGAGUCCUACCUCUCGGUAUCAUCUUAUGAGUUUCAAACUGUUUUGUUAUGAGAGACAGCCUGAAAUUAAUUUAUAAAGAUCUUAACUGUGUCAGCACAGAAAUCCCUAUACUUACAAGAGGAGGCCAUGACGUUGAGAUCACAGAUUUACUUGAAACUUUGUGUGCCUUUAGUAGGCCAUUAAAAUAACAUAAUAUUUUGUGGCUUAUGUACCUGUGUGUGGUCAACUGGUUAGCGCUCAAGCAGCGUAAGACAAACUUCUGUCAGGCAAAAAAUGUAUUUUUUUCAUCACUGGUCAUAUAUUUAGUUUACAUGACGUUUGAGAGAUAAUAUAAUGAAAGAUCACUUGUGUUUGUAUGUAUGAAGUUUCAAUUUAUGUUUUCCAUGUCUGUGACAAAUAUCAUCCAGCAUCGUGUGAUGUCGCAAGCACAUCUGAUGUGUAAUUGUACAUUACUCUUAUGGUCUGGCACAUUAUGACUCACUAUAUUACUGAUGGUGAAUAACUUCAAUUGCAUCAUUAUUUAUUGAGGUUUGACUUGGGCUUUCCAACCCUGUCUCUCAUCCUCGAAAAUUUAAUUACAAAUAGUAAAUAGUUAAAUAACAUAUGAAAUUCACUACAACUUUAUAAAAAUGCAUGUGGGUUUUUCUCAUUAUAUUACCUCUCAAAUAUCAUGUAAAUUACAUAAUGUGAUAAGUGGUGAAAAAAUAUAGAUUAGCAAGUAAAUGCUACAGAGAUUUGAACUGCCGCCUCUUCCUCAACUCACUUCCCACUCGCAAACACUAAUUGCUUGACCACAGUGACAUUUUAUGACUGGCACCUUCGCACCAAUACAUCACUUAUGUAAUAGACACGUAAAAUUUCUCGUUAUUUUCGCAGAAUUUCCAGAGUAGUGCACCUAAUUACUUGCACAGUUUUAAUAUCCCCGUAAAGGUGUAAAAAGUUUGAACUAAAUCUGUGAUUCCAGUGUCGUGGCCUUCCCUUGUUAGUUAAAGUAAACAGAUGGCAGAGCAAUAUUGUUUUAUCUGUGUCAUUGCAACUGGCGAGUGUAUAGUUAGGUCACUGCCAUACUUCCCGCCUUGAAGGAUAAGUUAAUAAUAAUAAAACUGGUAGCAAUUUUUGAAAGAUUCAGAAAUGUACAUUCCAAUUGCCUUAUUAGAAAUAAGUGUGGGAAUAAAUGCUGUGCUAUGUAGUCACAGGGAAUGACGGGCUGUCCACAUUUGUAUGUGCUUGCCUGUAUCUUCGAAUGCUAAUAUAGUUUCAGUGAUCAAUUAAUCAAAAUUCAUUUAGAUUGAAGAGCAAAUGUGAUUUUGGAAAACGCUUAUCACUACUCUUGUAAUGUUAAGUUACUGUCAUGUAAACUUGAUUUUACUUUACAUAUCGAGGUGUUCUGAUUUCGUACACAAACACAUUCCAUAAAUGUAUUCCAGCUAACUUCUCUCAUGCUUAUAUUUAAGACCAUAUUGGAUAUAAAUCUCCAUAAUACAGUAUUAGUUUAUACAUCCAGAGGUUAAGUGCAAGUAAUCCUUAAAUAUCAUUUUUCAUUUUAGUGUAUGUGUACAUACAGAAUUUACAAACUAAAAAACCUGUAUGCUGUAAAAGAAAGGAAAAGAAACCAAACAAUGCCAUUGACAAAUGAAAUAAAUGAAGUUUUAUUUUGAGUGUAUAAUUGACUUGAAUGGCAUUCUUCUCCACAAGAUACUUUCUCAAUACCCUUUUUGGCAUUGGAUCAAAGAUUCUGAACUUUGUAGAUAAUUGUUGUGUAAAUUGAAGAUUAAUACUGUUAUAAUAAAGCACGGUUAUGGUACACACAUAACUGAAUAAAAUGAA